AUGGCAACGAAGCGUCGUGACGCCACUGUUGCAAAGCAGAAGGCGGCACAUUCCCAGCAGCAGGAGCUUUCAGUGGAGGAGCUCAAGUCCAUGGUGCAGUUGGCAGAGAGCGGCGACUCUGCCACAGCAGAGAAGUGCAAAGCGACGCUCGAGAAGAAGCCGACAGUUCCCGCUCGGACCAGGGCGAAUCAAGCUAUCUCGAAGGCCCAGCAGUUCACCAAGUACUUGGCUAUGAGCAAGAAAUGCGGCGAGGUGGACUACAAGGCUGCAGUGGCGGCGAUGGCUGCGGGCGCUGGCGUUGUGGAGCUGUGCUCGGCAAAACCGAAGCUGUCGCUGGCAAAGCUCAUGGACGGAGAGUUGGCGGAUCUUGACCUGGGCGACGAGGGCCUGUUCGGAUACGCAGAGUUCGAGGCCAUGCUCGACCACUUCAGAAGCAUGGCGACGCACUUCCUCGGCGAGGUCAGGACGAAGGGCGAAGCACUCCAGAAGGAGCACCAGGCGCUGCAGGAGCGGCUGGCAGCAAAGAAGAGGAAGACGGACGAUCAGCAGGCGGCGCACAGCGACGCCAAGGUGAAGACGGAGCAGAGCGCGGCGGCUGGUGCGGCUUCGAGGGCGCCAAGUGCCGGUGAAGCUGCGGUUGCUGCCGCCAAGGCUGCGGCCGGCGCAGGCGGGCAGGGCGCGGCGGCAGCGUCGGAGCUCAGGGCCAAGGCGCGCGCCGCGGUGGGCGCAGCGAAGGCCGCGGGCAAAG